CGAUCACGUGUCUAUGUCGCGGAGUUCCGUGGCUUCGUGGCUUGCAGCGUUGGUUCAAACGUUCACCAGCAGAGGUCACCAUCACAAGCUUGUUCGAAACUCGGGGCCACAGUUUGUGGCAUUAGUCCCCAGUACUUAAGCACUUUUUCUAUCCCUAUAGCCAGCACUCAACGUUUCAGUGCGAUGGAAAUAUCCAAGGCACCGGCCGAAUACGCUCUACUUGCUGAAGAGACUGAGAACGACUUUCACGGACCUAUGCCUAUAACAGAAUUCUUUGACGCUUUCAUGAAGACGAAGGAUGACAAGAAACCUCCCAAGCGUGCCACCCAAAUCUUCAAGAACAUACCUAGGGUUGGAAAAUUUGAGGAUCACUUUAAAGAUGCUGUCGAAGCAUCUGGAAUUUGCCAGAAGCUGAGAUUUGUCAACACGACUGACGAUCUGGAUGCAGACUUCAAACGCAAGCCAGACAUGGUUGCUUACAAGAGAUCUAUGCAAGGCGGUGAUGUAACUGACUUUGAGCUGAUGGAACUGUGCAUCGAGCGCAAGCCAGAGACUAAGGACCCAUUCCAGGAUCUCGCUCCCAGCGCGACCUCUGGCGAUACAAACACAGUCUUACAUCGCUCGCAGGAGGCGACCAUGAAUCGAGGACAAAUCUGUUCAUAUGCAGGCUUGCAGCUCUCGGCGCAAAACCGGUUCUUCCUGUUCACUAUGGUCUUGCUUGGUGACUAUGUUCGCUUCAUUCGAUGGGAUCGCGCGGGAGCUAUUGUGACUGAACGAGUCAACUGGAGGAGAGACCCUACUCAUCUGAUUAUGUUCCUUUGGAAGUUCAACCGUUUCAAUGACGUGCAACGUGGACGAGAUACGUCGCUCACAAAGCCCAUGGCGAGAGACAUCAAGAGGGCGAAGAAAGCAUUUGACGAACGAGCCAGGUUUCUGGCUAGGCUCCUAGGCGAGGACGAAGAGACGGCUCAAUGCCUCUACUCGUCUGAUGCCACCUUUCACCAGUUUUGUAUCACGGACGACGACACGCACAGGAAACACUAUUUCAUCGCGUCGAAACCUCAUUGGCAGAGCGGCAGCCCGUUUGGGAGAGCCACCGACGGGUACAUUGCAUAUGACAUCACGCGACAGAAACUUGUGUAUCUGAAGAACAGCUGGCGGUACUUGGAAGAUGGGAUUGAGAAUGAAGGAGCCACCUAUCGGCACCUCGAACGAUCAGGUGUGACCGGGAUCCCGACGAUGAUCUGCUCUCAAGACAUCCUGGGUCAAGACACACGGACGCACGAGUACAGUUCAAAAGAGUGGUUUUGCAAGACGACGAAUCCUCCGAGGCGACACAGGCUCCAUCGGUUAGUUCUGGGGGACAUCGGACGGCCCUUGAGCCAAUUUAGAUCGUCAAAAGAGCUCGCUAGCGCUACGUGCGAUGGGAUGAAAGCACACGAUCUGGCAAUUAGAUUGGCACGCGUGCGACAUGGGGAUCUCAGUGCCGGCAACAUUUUGAUAUCUGAUUCAGGCAAGGGAAUCUUGAUUGACUGGGAUCUAGCUAUGAGGUUGCCAAGCGAGGAUAAUCAAAGGGUUGACACUCAGGGGCCGCAGGGACCGACGACGAAGUGGCAAACGGGAACUUGGCAAUUCAUCUCGGCGGCCCGGCUCAUGGAUCCUGACAGCACGCGCCAUGAACUUCGUGAUGAACUGGAAUCUGGUCUUCACGUCUUGCUAUACACCAGUGUCCGCUAUAGGGCCAGCCACCUUCCUAAGGAACAACGUGAGGAUCUCAAGAAAGCAUUCAUCGAGCAUUUCGACAGCAGAUCUGCCACCGUGCAAGGGCGAACAUCCGGAGGACGUGGAAAAUACGAGUUUUUUCAACCAAUCGGGCCUACUGCAUUGUCUGAACUAGGCCUCGAAAAGUUCCUAAGCACCCCGCAUGCCAGCCUCAUCGAGGCGCUUCGAAAAUUAUUCGUUCCACUCUAUAGUGCCCCGAGAGUGUUACAACGGAUGCGAGACAUGGAUCAAUCUCGGGACUCUGCCCUCGAAAUCCUCAAGACUUCGGAUCGAUUCAUAGCAAUCAUCGAGCAGCAUCUCGAGAUGGACGGAUGGAUGGAGAAUGAUGUCAGCGAUGAGCUGCGUGGCUGUGAUCAAUUCUUUACUGAAGCACGAGGCCUGAUAUUUGCAGCACGACGUAGCUCGUUGUUGAGGGCUAACAUAAAGCGCGGCAGUGGCUCUGCGGGUAUGGAUAAUGCGACGCCAGCGUCCCUCCCCUUUAUGGCCGAAUCCAAUGGGGAAGACUAGUACGCUUGGUAACUUGACAUGCUAGUUUUCCAUCACAACUUACGCUCUAUGCUUUUCGAUCCUUCCUCCAUGUAUAUGUGAUUAUAUGUCUAACAUCUCAUGUUCCACUCAAUAUGUCCUUCCCUGAGACUUCUAAUGUCAAUCUUGUCUCGUUCACC